AUGGAGGUUGUUGGACUUGUGUCUGGUGGUAAGGACAGUUGCUAUAAUAUGAUGUGUGCCGUUAAUGCUGGUCAUCGGAUCGUCGCUCUGGCCAACCUUCAUCCAGGCGAUCGAGGUGAACUUGAUUCAUAUAUGUAUCAAAGCGUUGGCAGUGAAGGAGUUCAUAUGAUAGCUGAUGCAAUGCGAUUGCCACUGUACAGGGCAGAGAUCAGAGGCAAACCCGUGAACCAAGAUUAUGAUUAUAGCCUAACCGUUGGUGACGAGGUGGAGGAUUUGUAUGAACUAUUGAAGUUGGUUAAGGAGCACCAUCCUUCUCUGCAGGGCGUAUCUGUCGGUGCAAUCCUUUCAAGCUAUCAAAAAUUACGCGUGGAAGACGUCUGUAGACGGUUAAAUUUAACACCUCUUUGUUAUCUUUGGGAACGUGAUCAGAAGGAUUUACUGCGAGAAAUGAUCUCGAAUGGAUUGGAUGCGAUAGUAGUGAAAGUAGCUGCUAUUGGACUGAACAGAAGUCACGUCGGCAGGAAACUGUCAGAGAUCGAGUCUACCUUGAAUCUCCUUCAUACCAAAUAUGGCGUACAUCCAUGCGGUGAGGGCGGAGAAUACGAAACAUUUGUUCUUGAUUGCCCACUGUUUUGCAAAGCGAUUGUAAUCGAUGAAUCUGAAAUAGUAACCCAUCAGAAGGAUCCAAUAACUCCUGUGCUCUACUUGCGGUUGUUGAAACUGCGGCUGUCGGUUCAAAACGACACGAAGAACGGAACGGCGCGAUUUAGGCAGCACUUGGAACCGAGAGACCCGAUAACGUCAAUGUGA